AUGCUGCACUACAAUGUGGGAAACGUAUCCAAAGUCGCUGGGUCAACUGCAAAGAAGCCGGCGACGACCAUCGACGCAGGCGCUACACCAGUCAAGAGAGUUCCGAGAAAGCUCAAUGCCACGAGUGCUUCUGCUCCUGGUACUACGAAAGGAGCAUCAGCCGCGACGUCGACGCCUGUGAAGAAGCCAACAGCUACUGUUACAGCCAACAAAGCUGCGUCUACUACCACAUCUGCGAAAAAGGCACCGGUCACAGCAACCAAGACACCGAUCAGUGAAGCUUCAAAGCCCGCACGUACCCGCAUACCUCUUGGAACCACAAAGCCACUGCCAGUUAGGAAGAACCCGACUACAAGCACCUCAACUUCUAAGCCCGUGAGUGCUGCUAGUAAGACAACGAUAUCCGGGCCUGCCAAGGGCACUACAGGCGCAGUCUCAUCUGCUACAGCGAAAUCUACAUCCACAAAAGCCACCCCAGCGAAAGCUGUGCCCGUCAAGAAGACGCCAGCCAAGGUGAACCCAGAUGGUACCACACCCACCAAAGUGAAUAUAGAUGGUACCUACCCAACUCCUCUUUCCGUAAUACUAGCUCAUCCCGCACCAGGCCAACCCACACCCCAAUCUACCAUAGCAGCGAAGAAGCAGCCCGGUGUGGUUGGAAAGGGUAUCAACACUGCUACAGGCACUCUGAACAAGACUAUUGGUACGACCACAGGGGGAUUGAACACAAUCACUGAUUCGGCGACCACUGGCGUGAACGGCACAGUUACCGGGGUGACUGGAUACGCUGGCAAGGGGCUUGACAAGUUACCUGGCGGUGUUGGGAAGCCAGUGAAGCACGUGACAGACAAUGUAGGUAAGACGGCGACAGGCGCAGUGGACAACGCGUACUACACUGUAGGUUCGGCGACCAAGGGAGUGCAGGGUACUGUGAGCAAGACUACUGGUGCUCUCGGGAAAGGAGAUAUCAAGGGUACCGUGGCCGGGGCGACCAGCGGAGUCGGCAAUACUGUCACAGGAGUUGGCAAGGGCGUAGGAAAUACAGUUGGAGACGGACUUGCAGGCUUGGGAAACACGGUUGGAGGCCCCGUCGGCGGUGUUGUAGGCAAUGUAGGUAAGGGUGCCAACAAUGCCGUUGGAGGCAUUACCAGCGGACUAGGGGACGGUGUAAGCAAACUCGGCCGCGGGGACGUAAUUGGCGGGGUGGGAAGCACGCUCGGAGGAGUUGGAAAGGGCCUUGGUGGGCUCCUAGGGGGAAUCACGGGGUAUGGAGAGAACGAAAAAACGACAUGA